GUCUUCGUCAUGUCCUGGGCUUACUUUCGUGCUGAGUCGAAGUCAAGGCCACCGACAUGAAUACUCUAUGCCUACGCCAGCUCUGGGACUUCAAGGACCGAAGGCUGCAGAACUUUCUGAUUUAUGGUGAUACAGAGGACCUGAUAUGGUAGUCCUUGGCUUACUGCGCACCCAAUACUCCAUAACUGGAACCGGCCUGUUGUCCCUUUACUCUUCGUCGUCCGGAGCAUCUACCUCUUGUUGCUAUCCUCGGUGUUUGACUGUCGUCUUGUACACUGUACUUAUUAUCACAUCUCUAGCCCCCCUGUUCUGUCAUCAUCCAUCUACUCUCAUCUACUGUAUCCCUACUCAUACCCCGUCUGUUGAUGUUGACUCAGUAGCUCCGUCUUGCCCCCAUUGCUCUGUUUCCGUCUUCUCCCCAGAUCUGUUCCGUUUCCUGCCCUGUUUCAACUGCUUCCUGCCUAGCACUGUAUCGUUACUAGUUUACACGUCUAGCUGUACUCGCUGUCUCCGUCAUUGUAUCGCUGUGCAUAGUUGGAAAAGACUUUAUCGGGCUCAUAUAUUGGAAUUUGUGGCACGCCGUCGACCCUUCAAGGGGAGAAUGUUCAAGCAAGUGAAGCCAAUGUUGUUCGAGAAGGGCCCUCUCAACCGUCUCUCUUCAGAACAUCGGGCGAUGGCCACAUAAAUUAUAGGAGCA